GCUCAAUAUAUACCAUCCUAAUUCAUCAAUUCCCUACCAAGUUUUCGGUUGCUUUUGAUCCUUCUCUGUGAGACCAAGCCUCUCGUAAAAAAAGACAAUGGGGCUCUCAAAGACAUUCUCUGCUUCGGAUGUGUCUGUCCACUCCACCUUUGCCUCUCGCUAUAUCCGAGACAAGCCCGCUAAGUACAAGAUGCCGGAGAAUUCGACACCAAAGGAGGUGGCGUACCAGGUGAUCAGUGACGAGCUGAUGCUUGAUGGGAAGCCAAGGCUGAACUUGGCGUCGUUUGUGACGACAUGGAUGGAGCCAGAGUGUGAUAAGCUCAUCAUGGACUCCAUGAACAAGAACUACGUCGACAUGGAUGAGUACCCUGUCACAACUGAGCUUCAGAAUCGGUGCGUGAACAUGAUAGCAGAUCUUUUCAAUGCACCACAUAAAGAGUCUGAUGAGGCUGCCACCGGAACCGGAACAGUCGGGUCAUCGGAGGCCAUCAUGCUGGCAGGUCUCGCAUUCAAGAGGAAGUGGCAGAAUAAGAGGAAGGCUGAAGGAAAACCCUAUGACAGGCCCAACAUCGUUACUGGUGCCAAUGUGCAGGUAUGCUGGGAGAAAUUUGCUAGGUAUUUUGAAGUAGAACUGAAGGAAGUGAAGGUGACGGAAGACUAUUAUGUAAUGGACCCUGUGAAAGCUGUGGAAUUGGUAGAUGAAAACACCAUCUGCGUUGCUGCUAUCUUGGGUUCAACUUACAAUGGAGAGUUCGAAGAUGUCAAGCUCUUGAAUGAUCUUUUGCUAGAGAAGAAUAAGCAAACUGGAUGGGAUACCCCAAUUCAUGUCGAUGCUGCUAGUGGUGGAUUCAUAGCGCCAUUCUUGUAUCCCGAGUUAGAAUGGGAUUUCCGUCUUCCACUGGUGAAGAGCAUCAAUGUGAGUGGUCAUAAAUAUGGUCUUGUGUAUGCUGGAGUUGGGUGGAUCAUUUGGAGGUCCAAAGAAGACUUGCCCGAAGACCUAAUUUUUCACAUCAAUUAUCUGGGAGCUGAUCAACCCACCUUCACCCUCAAUUUCUCUAAAGGGUCGAGUCAAAUCAUUGCUCAAUACUAUCAACUUAUCCGACAGGGUUUUGAGGGAUACCGCAACAUCAUGGAAAACUGUCACAACAAUGCCAUGGUGUUGAAGGCAGGGCUGGAAAAGACAGAGCGCUUCAAAAUCUUGUCGAAGGACAUCGGGGUUCCAGUGGUGGCCUUUUCUUUGAAAGACAGAAGCCACUACGAUGAGUACAUGGUGUCUGAGCAUUUGCGUCGUUUUGGCUGGAUUGUGCCGGCAUAUUCUAUGCCGGAGGAUGCUAAGCACGUUGCGUUGCUCCGUGUUGUGAUAAGGGAAGACUUCUCUCGCACUCUAGCUGAGCGUCUUGUGCUCGACAUCACCCAUGUCUUGAAAGAGCUCGACAAACUGCCGCUGCCAUCAGUCAGUCCAAAUGGUGGUGAUGACCAAGUGUGUAUUAAUGGCGGCAUAUGCAAUGGAAACAUGAACACUUUGGUGGCGAAAAAGAAAUUUUCUGAUAUUGAUUUAAAGGAAGAGGAUUGCAUCCCUAAACUGGCGAAGAGUGCUUAAUGCUGCAAGUGGUAUGGAGUACGUACUGAUCGAAAGGCGUGGCUCCAGACAAGUGUCUAAGAGAGUUUUGUUUGUUUAAUUAGGUUUUUUCUUUUUGGCCGAUCUUACUAAUAAAUAAUUUGAGUCAUAUUAGUUUUUCGGCCUAAGUUAAGUAUUGAUUAGUUUAAACUUGUUUUAAACUUUUAAGUGCAAGUGGUUUGGUGUGGGAUGUGCUGCCUCUAUUUUAUCUUAUCGAUCGUGUUGUAACUCUAACUUUUUUAAUCUUUUGGUUUUGUUAGUUUUUUUUU